CACAAUUCUUGAAGAAAAAGAGGGAAAAUGGAGAAGGGUAAUAAAAAUCACUUUGUACUAGUUCAUGGAGCUUGUCAUGGUGCAUGGUGUUGGUACAAAGUUGUGACAAUUCUAAGAAGUGAAGGACACAAAGUUAGUGUUCUUGACAUGGCUGCCUCUGGAAUUAAUCCAAAACAUGUUGAAGAUCUCAAUUCAAUGGCUGAUUACAAUGAACCAUUGAUGGAAUUUAUGAAUUCUUUGCCACAACAAGAAAGAGUUGUUUUAGUGGGACACAGCAUGGGUGGCAUCAACAUAUCUCUUGCCAUGGAAAAGUUCCCUCACAAGAUUGCUGUGGCUGUGUUUGUCUCAGCUUCUAUGCCUGGUCCUGACCUCAAUCUUGUAGCCGUUACCCAACAGUAUAGUCAACAAGUGGAAACACCUAUGGAUACUGAAUUUGUGUACAACAACGGACUGGAUAAAGGCCCAACCUCUGUCGUUUUAGGCCCUAAAGUUUUAGCAACCAUCUAUUAUCAAUUCUCCCCUCCUGAGGACUUAACUCUUGCAACAUAUUUGGUAAGACCCGUACCAUUGUUCGAUGAGUCAGUCCUAUUGACAAACACUACACUUUCAAAAGAGAAAUAUGGUAGUGUUCAUCGUGUUUAUGUUGUAUGUGACAAGGACAAAGUGCUCAAGGAAGAACAAUUUCAAAGGUGGUUGAUUAAGAAUAAUCCACCAAAUGAGGUCCAGAUGAUUCACGAUGCAGGCCACAUGGUCAUGUUCUCUAAACCUAGGGAGCUUUGUUCUUGUCUUGUUAUGAUUUCACAAAAGUAUCAUUGAUCUUUCACCUUGUUUAUCAGUGGCGUCGUCACAUAUAGUCAGUUGAACAUUCUUCGUGCAAAAAUUAUACGAUAUAAAAACAAUUUGAAGUAUAUGGAUCCUUAAUUACAUUCGUAUGUAUAUACAUAUAUUCUCUUGAACAUCAAUCCUUAAUGAAAUUUCGGAUACACUUAA